AUGUCCACCUCCUUCUCUCCAAACGAGACAAACCCAGAGUCCUCAGCCGCUCCCCAGAGGACAUACCUUCAGCCCCGUCACCGGCUUUGUUGCCCUUCUGGACAUGUUCACAUCCUUCUCAAAUGGUGGGGCCCAGAACUGCACGUGGUGCUCCAGAUCUUUGUGGAAUUUGAUGGCUGUAACUGGAAGCAACAUGCCUGGGUGAAAGUCCACGCUGAAGAAGUUAUAGUGUUGUUGCUGGAAGGAUCAUUGGUUUGGGCACCUCGAAAUGAUCCGGUUAUGCUUCAGGGGACUCGAGUCUCACUGGCACAGUGGCCUGCACUGACCUUCACUCCUCUAGUAGAUAAGCUGGGUUUAGGCUCUGUGGUCCCAGUGGAGUUUCUUCUGGACAGGCAUUUACGUUUCCUGUCUGAUGCCAGUGGAUUACGUUUGUUUCAGAUGGGAACAGAAAGUCAAAAUCAGAUUCUUCAGGAACAGCCUUCACUAAGAGAAUCUGUCAACACAUUGAUCAGUGACCAGAAGCUUCAGGAGAUAUUUAGUAGAGGUCCUUACAAUGUCCAAGGCCAAAGAGUUAAGGUUUACCAACCAGAGGAUGAAAAUAGCUGGCUCUGUGGUGUUGUGAGCCAUCAAGACCCAAUAACUCGUCUCAUGGAGGUGUCUGUGACUGAGAGUGGCGAAAUAAAGUCGGUGGAUCCUCGACUGAUUCAUGUGGUGAUGGAUAACACUUCUCCAAGUGAGGGAGGGGGCCUAAAGGCGGCUAAAUCAUCUAAAGGGAAAAAGAAGAAAGAAAGUCUGGAGGGAAAGGACGGACGGAGGAGGAAAAACGCUUCAGAUUCUGGGUGUGAUCCUGCAACGAAGAAGCUAAAGGAGAGGGGUGAGGCGGAUAGCAAUGGUAGCGAUGGAGGUGAGGCAAGCAGAGGUCCUUGGAAAGGAGGCUCCAAUAGUGAAGCAGGACUGGAUCCAAGGGCCAAACAGUUGCCUUCAUUCAUUCCUCAGAUUAAUCGCAAUAUUCGCUUUGCCACUUACACCAAAGAGAACGGCCGAACACUAGUAGUCCAAGAUGAGCCAGUUGGUGGUGACACACCAUUGCCCUUCACUCCAUUUUCCUCUGUGGCUGGGCAAGCGUUACUAGUUGGAUCUGGAUGUAAAGAGGCAGGAAAAUCACUGGAACAGGUUGGCCAAGGCACAGUGACUUCUGCAACUGCAGUUACUACAACUGCUUUGACGCCGACAACUGUGAGAAUCUCUGAUAACAGUUUACCAGCUGUUACUGGACAGGAAAAACUGAAAACGGGCCGAUCGCCAGCCCAGGGAGAGAAUUCCCGAAAUUCACUUUUGGCUUCUUCUGGAUUUGGAGUCUCUCUCCCAAGUGCUUCCCAGUCCUUGGUAUUUGGGGGUGGAAGGAGCCAAUCAAAUGGAGUGGUGACUCCAGAAAGCAAGCCUUCUGGAUUUCCUUUUGGCUGUAGUACUGGACAGGAGGCUCAGAAAGAUGCUGAUCUGUCCAAGAACUUGUUUUUUCAAUGCAUGUCCCAAAAUCUACCUUCCAGUAACUACUUCACAGUCAUUUCAGAGAGCUUGACUGAGGAUGCCUCUAGUCGGGACUCAUUCAAGCAGUGUACAGAGAGUGUGGGUGCUGGGAUCUGUAAAGGUAAAAUUCUUUCAGCGGACACUAAACCAGGAACCCAGACUGGCAGUUCUGUGGAGCGGAAGCUGCCUGUGGAAUCUAUGCCUACCCUUACUCCAGCCUUUUCACGAAGUCUUUUGAAUACUCGCCCCCCAGAUAGUCAUGAAAACCUAUUUUUACAGCCCCCAAAGCUAUCGAGAGAGGAACCCUCAAAUCCUUUCCUGGCAUUUGCUGAGAAAGCAGAACUUAGUCCUUUCAGUGGCUUUGCAUCUUCAUCUCAGACGGGGGGUUCUACUCCCUCUACACCUGUGGGUCAUAAGGCCACUUCUGGCUGGCCGGAAUCGCUCACCUCUACAGACUCUUCUGUAGGGAAUGGCCGUUCCAGCUCACCAACCAGCAACCUGACACAGCCUAUUGAGAUGCCCACGCUUUCCUCCAGCCCAACGGAAGAAAAACCAGCUGUUGGGCCUGGGCAGCAGGACAAUCCUCUUCUGAAAACGUUUUCUAAUGUGUUUGGCAGACAUCCACCUGGCUUUUUCUCUUCACAGGCAGAGUUUCCACAGGAGAACAAACCCCCUUUUGAAGCUGUGAAAAGGUUCUCUCUAGAUGAGCGGAGCUUGACAUCCAAACAGGACUCUGACUCCAGCACCAAUAGUGACCUGUCAGAUUUGAGUGACUCUGAAGACCAGUUGCAGGCCAAAGCUUGUAUGAAGGGAAUCCCAGACCACUUGAUGGCAAAGCUAGGCCCCAAUGCAGAGCGUAAUGCUGAAUUGCUGCUGGGGAAAGGAAAAGGGAAGCAAGCCCCAAAGGGCCGGCCUCGCACAGCUCCCCUAAAAGUUGGCCAGUCUGUGCUGAAAGAUAUGAGUAAGGUGAGGAAGCUGAAGCAGUCAGGUGAGCCUUUUCUGCAGGAUGGCUCUUGCAUCAAUGUAGCUCCACAUCUGCACAAGUGCCGGGAGUGCCGUCUGGAGCGGUACCGCAAAUUUAAGGAGCAAGAGCAGGAUGACUCAACUGUGGCAUGUCGUUUCUUCCAUUUCCGGAGGCUGAUAUUUACCCGGAAGGGUAUUCUACGAGUAGAGGGUUUCUUGAACCCACAACAGAGCGACCCUGAUGCUAUGAGCCUGUGGAUUCCUUCCUCCUCUCCUGCAGAGGGGAUCGAUCUGGAAACUUCCAAAUAUAUCCUAGCCAAUGUUGGGGACCAGUUCUGCCAGCUUGUUAUGUCAGAGAAGGAGGCAAUGAUGAUGGUGGAGCCACAUCAGAAAGUGGCAUGGAAGCGAGCAGUACGUGGCGUAAGGGAAAUGUGUGAUGUAUGUGAGACGACACUCUUCAAUAUUCAUUGGGUUUGUCGUAAGUGUGGUUUUGGGGUCUGUCUGGACUGUUACCGGCUGAGGAAGAAUCGUCCACGUAGUGAGACAGAGGAGAUUGGUGAUGAGGAAGUCUUCUCAUGGCUGAAAUGUGCAAAGGGUCAGUCUCACGAACCAGAGAAUCUUAUGCCGACACAGAUCAUUCCUGGUACAGCGCUUUACAAUAUUGGAGACAUGGUUCAUGCAGCACGAGGCAAAUGGGGUAUUAAAGCCAAUUGUCCAUGUAUUAACCGGCAGAACAAAUCGGUGUUGAGACCUGCUGUCACUAAUGGAAUAUCACAGCUUCCGACUGUAAAUCCUAGUGCAUCAGUCUCUGGAAACGAGAGCACCUUUUCCACUGGAGCAGGGACAGCAGGAGUGGGGCAAAUAGAAAUGGACACUGUUCCAAAAUCUGAAGCAACUGAUAGUAGGAUAGAAGAAUCUGCAAAAACAGAGACGUUACCAACCAAUAACACUGGUGAAAUAAAGACUAACAGACCACUUUGUCCAGAAACAGCUCCAUCAUCAGCCUUACACUGGCUUGCGGAUUUAGCAACACAAAAAGCAAAAGAAGAAACAAAAGAAUCAGGAUCACUGAGGUCAGUGCUUAAUAAAGAAUCCCAUUCACCCUUUGGAUUGGAUUCCUUCAACUCCAGUACAAAGGUUUCCCCACUAACCCCAAAGCUGUUUAAUAGCCUCUUGUUGGGCCCAGUGACAUCUAGCAACAAAGCUGAAGGCUCCAGCCUCAGAGAUCUGCUACACACAGGGCCAGGAAAGCUUCCUCAGGUCCCAUUAGACACAGGAAUCCCCUUUCCUCCGGUCUUUUCUGCAGCUUCUACGGGGGCCAAAGGUAAAGCCAGCCUGCCUAACUUCUUAGACCAUAUCAUUGCUUCUGUGGUGGAAAAUAAGAAGACAUCUGAUGCUGCAAAACGAGCUAGUAAUUUAGCUGACACACAGAGAGAGGUGAAGGAAAUGGUAAUGGGCUUAAAUGUGCUGGAUCCACACACUUCCCACUCUUGGCUGUGUGAUGGUAGACUCCUUUGCCUUCAUGAUCCUAGCAACAAAAACAACUGGAAGAUCUUCAGGGAGUGCUGGAAACAAGGCCAGCCCGUGCUGGUAUCUGGUGUCCAUAAGAAGUUGAAGUCAGAGCUUUGGAAACCAGAAGCUUUCAGCCUGGAAUUUGGAGAUCAAGAUGUAGAUUUGGUGAACUGCAGGAACUGUGCCAUAAUUUCAGACGUGAAAGUGCGUGACUUCUGGGAUGGCUUUGAGAUAAUAUCUAAACGGCUCAGGUCAGAUGAUGGUCAGCCAAUGGUACUAAAGUUAAAGGAUUGGCCUCCAGGGGAGGACUUUAGAGAUAUGAUGCCUACAAGGUUUGAGGACUUGAUGGAAAAUCUUCCGCUUCCUGAAUAUACCAAGAGGGAUGGGAGACUGAAUUUGGCUUCUAGGCUGCCAAGCUACUUUGUCCGUCCUGACUUGGGUCCCAAAAUGUACAAUGCCUAUGGCUUAAUUACUGCAGAAGACAGACGAGUCGGUACCACAAACCUGCACUUGGACGUGUCUGAUGCUGUUAAUGUCAUGGUGUACGUUGGGAUUCCCAUUGGGGAAGGGACCCAUGAUGAUGAGGUUCUGAAAACAAUUGAUGAGGGAGAUGCUGACGAUGUAACAAAGCAGCGAAUCCAUGAAGGAAGAGAGAAGCCUGGAGCAUUGUGGCACAUCUAUGCUGCCAAGGAUGCUGAAAAGAUACGGGAACUUCUCCGGAAGGUUGGAGAAGAACAAGGCCAAGAAAAUCCCCCAGAUCAUGACCCCAUUCAUGACCAAAGUUGGUACUUGGACCAGACCUUACGUAAGCGACUCUAUGAUGAGUAUGGUGUACAAGGCUGGGCAAUAGUGCAGUUCCUUGGAGAUGCUGUGUUCAUUCCUGCAGGUGCUCCCCAUCAGGUCCAUAAUUUGUACAGCUGCAUUAAAGUGGCAGAAGAUUUUGUAUCUCCAGAACAUGUGAAGCACUGCUUCCGUCUGACCCAGGAGUUCAGGCACCUGUCUAAUACUCAUACAAACCAUGAGGAUAAGCUGCAGGUGAAGAACAUUAUCUACCAUGCAGUGAAAGAUGCUGUUGGCACACUGAAAGCUCAUGAAUCCAAACUAGCUAGAUCGUAGGAAUUGCUAAUUCCAAAUGCCCUGUGAAGUAAGCCUUUUGCUCACAGUAUAUACAGGGACUGCACAUGACUGCCUCUGCAGGAGCAGAGGCUUCUCACUAAGAGCUGGUGUGGUCAGUAUUACACACACUCUUCAGCCACUGUUUUCUACGCUGCCUCAACACUGAAGGUCUAAUGGAAGGUCGCACUGUUACAUGCAGAAUUCCAGAUUCUAAUGAAAGGUGCCAUGUCCCUUUCCUGUGGCCUUUUGCAAAUCGGAAGAACGUGGAAACCACUCGGUGUUCCUACAUAUUAUGAUUAGAAAUGGUAUAAAGAGUGUGGAUGUUUUUUUUCCUCAUGCCUAGUUAGUCUCCACAAAGUUAGAAGGAAUGUGCUGGAGGUGGGUUGUCCUGCUGCAGACUUAGUUGAUAGCUGCUGAAGGAGUGUGACCAACAGUAGCCCAGCUGCAGAAAUUUAAGCAAACUUCCCAUGUGAGAUACAGGCCAAGGAAAAGAAUAAAGCUAUUCUCUGCACUCCCCUUCUUGUAGCCGUUUCUCUAUACACUGUAGAGUUGCAGAAAUAAAGGGAGAACCCACUUUUUUUCCCCAGGAGACUCCAGAAAUAGGAGAAUUGUGUAUUUAGUGAAAAACUAGGUUUGUAGUGAAACAGUUAAUAUUUCAUGAAAGUAGAUAUUUUUAGUAUUUUUGAAGUACCACAACUGUUCCUGGAUUUUCAAGGAAAGGCGCAUUACAUUUAGUCUUCCUUUCAAUAAAAUCAAGAAGUGAUUUUUAGAAAGCAGUCCAAAAUAGCACAAAAACAGCCAAAGGAGAGUGAAUAGAAAAUGACACCCCACCUCCCUUGCCCAUAUUCCUCACCCAUCUUCCCCCCCUCUCCCUACGCCACCCUGCUUCCUCAGAAUGAGAAGUAAAAAGGAGUAUAAACUCUGUUCUCAUGUGGAGAUGUUGUACAUCUCCCCCUGCACUGGUGACUGCAGGCAAUAGUUCACCCAAUACCAGUGCUAGCUGAAAACAUCUAUCCUUUCCAAAGUGAAGGAAAAGUUAACUUUCAGUGUCAACUUUGUCCAGAACUAUUUUAAGUAAAAUGUUCCUGCUUGAUAGAACUGUAUUCAGAAAUUACUAAUGUCAGCAUUGAUGCAAUGGAUUUCAUUGUCCGGGUACAUGGGGAAAUGUAUCUACCUUAUAUCCAGCUGUACUGUAGUGCCACCUGCAGGCCUGUUAAUAUGUUCACGGUUAUUUCAUUUUUUUAAAAAUA